GUCACUUUGUUUACGGUAAAUAUCUCAAACAAACAAAAAGUCUCUACUGGCUGGUGUUUGAUGUUGAAUUUUUUCUGUGGGGCUUUACGUACAUUCAUUUCAAAUAAUUAUUGAAAGUUCACCGUUGCAAUGGAUGUGACCGUCAACAAUUUUAAGGAAAUUCUCGAUGAGUUCAAUGAAGUGAUCGAAAAAGCCGCAUUUUUUUCGAUCGAUUCUGAAUUCACUGGGUUAUAUAAUGAGCGAACACUGCCAUUUGCCACACCGUCCGAAUUUUACAAGAAAUUACACGGCGGUACCGAUGACUACAUUAUAAUUCAGCUCGGCAUCACCGCAUUCUAUAUUAGCGAAGAUAAAUCGGACACAUUCACGUACAAAAGUUACAAUUUCUAUGUAUUCCCGCAAAAUCGUGAUCAAAUAUUCAAGUGCUCCGGGUCGAGCCUAAGUUUUUUGGCCGAACAAAAGUUUGAUUUCAAUAAAUUGUUCCGUGAAGGUGUGUCGUGCUGCACACAAGAUGUGGCGUUACAAUUGCGCGCCAAGUAUGACGAACGACAGAAAGCCCGCGAAGAAGCGCUCGAGGUACGCGAUGAAAAACCGGCCAAUUUCGAUGAAGUACCAGUGCCACACGAGGAAUUGGACAAGCUAAAUGAAGUCAAGUGUAAAAUACAGAAAUUCCUAGAAGCCGGUGAAAAGGAUAGCGAGAACAAUGUGGUUUUUGGAAAUUGCAAUGCCUUCCAACGAAAGUUGAUCUAUCAGGUAAUCCAAAAGGAAUUUUAUGACGAGGUAACAGCCACCAGUCAGACAGUAAACAAUCAAAAGGUCAUUGUCAUCGAACGAAAAUGGUCUACGGAACGUCAACAGCAAGGAGUCGAUCAGCAAAACGAAGAAGACGAAGCUGAAUAUCGGCGAUUAGUUGGGCUAUCAGCCUUACUGUUGAAAAUAUCAAAAUCGAAAAAACCAAUCGUUGGCCACAACAUGUUCAUGGACUUGUUCUACUUGAUUCGCCAAUUUUUCGAGCCGUUGGCUGAAACGUUGAAAUCAUUUAAGAAACAAGCACACAAAAUAUUCCCCAACAUUUUCGACACCAAGCACAUUUGCAAUCAAAAGUUCCGCAACGAAAUUUCCAACUCCACAUUGAAAAAUCUCUAUGAUGCAGUUUUGCAGGCACCGUUUAAACUGCCACAAAUUGAACCGGCAUCGCCCGAGUACGGAUACACCGAAACAAACUCGAAACAGCACGAGGCUGGCUACGACAGCUACAUGACGGGCGUGUGCUUCCUCGGACUUGCCAGAAAGCUCAACGUUAACAAUGCAGACAUUUCAUCAAAAUCAGCACAACUUCGUCCAUUGCUCAACAAAAUAUUCGUGAUGAGAUUAACCGACAUUUAUUACAUUGAUCUGACCGGCACCGAACCGAAACCAAAUCGUGAACACGUCUUUCAUGUAACGUUCCCGGAAACGUGGGCACAGACUGAUAUCAUAAAUCAUUUCCGUAAAUUUGGGCCCGUGUUUAUCAGAUGGAUCGAUAACACAAGUGCAUUUGUAUCGCUUAUGAAUCGAGAAAAUGCACCCAUUCUAUUGAAAUCGAUCACCGCUACAAAAGGCGUCAAAAUUUCCACUUUCGCGAUGUACCUCCGAGCCACCGGUGCCGAUAAAGAGGACGAAACAGAAGACGGGGAAGCAGAAGGUUCAGCGGCCAAAAAGCGGCCGUCAUGUGUCGAUACAACACAUAAUCAAAGGUGGAAUAUCUAUUUGGUUAUAUUGGCAGUUGUUCUGGUCAUAUUAUUUUUCAUAGUACCUGACUUUAUCGUAUUGUUUUAUAUGGGAGCUGUUACAGCAACUCCGUAGACACGCUCAAAAUCUCAUGUAUUAGUUUCGAAUAUUUGUAGACAUUUUUUUGCUCUAGACUUUUGAAAUUCCUAUUCAAAUCGAAGAUUUUUUUUUUCAAUUCUCACAUACAUACUAGAAAUAAAAUCGAAAUGGUUUUCGUUAUAAAACUCCCCCGAAAAAGAAAACAUUCAUAGAAAAUAAUCAAAAAUAACGAUUAAUCAUCUA